GGAUUGAAAACAGAUCAGCAGCCUGAAGAUCUCAACACCACCGCAUGUCUCUGCAACAACUGUCGAGCGAAGCCAAACAGCUUUGAGUUCCAAACUUUUACGCAUACCCAAGAGAAAUAACAAAGCUUUUUACGCGUCAUGUUAGUUUGCUGAAAAGCGCGCAAAGCACGCACACAAGAGCGCACCUCUUGGAGAAGAUGGAUUGUAAGAAAAAGUUAGACUCGACUUCUGCUCCGCACUGAAUCGCUCUCCGGGAUAGAGGAGGUGGUAAUGCCGUGCAAACUUUGAGUGUCUCAAAACUUUUUCUUAACUCGGUUCAUGGAGCUUCGCGUCAAAUCCGGAGAGGCUCGUUUGCGCGUUUUGCGUUCACUGGUGGUGCCAGCCCAGUCCUAGUUUACGGGAAUCAGACUCCAGGCAAAGUUUUCCUCGGACAAAAAGAGUGAGUGGAAGAGCCUCGGUUUCGAAGUGAAAGGAGACGGCAGAGAAGGUUGUGACGUAAAUUGAAGAGCAGCAUGGAGACUUCAGCUCCAACAGCCACUGAGAAGAAGGAGUGUAAGGGUUCAGGUCUGGAUGGAAGCAGCUUCUCAGAAAUCCCAAAGAAGCCCUCACCCACCACUCUGACCAGAGGUGCCCACCACCUCUUCCCAACGUUUCACACGCCCAUCCCAAUUGACAUGAGACACCAUGAGGGGCGAUACCAUUAUGAGCCACACCCACUCCAUGCCAUGCAUGGACCUCCAGGACUGACGGGCAGUCCAGUCAUCUCAGAUAUUUCCCUGAUCCGUCUGUCACCCCACGCAGCGCCAGGGACGGGUGAGUCACCGUUCAGCCCUCCGCAUCCUUACGUCAGCCCUCACAUGGAGCACUACCUACGCUCGGUACAUGGCAGCCCCACCCUCUCCAUGAUCUCAGCGGCCCGAGGGCUGAGCCCUGCUGAAGUGACCCAUGAACACCUGAAGGACCGUGCCUUGUUCAGUCUUCCCCCUCCACCACCAGGGGCCAACCCCACAGAGUACUACCACCUGAUGGCCAGUGCCAGCCAGCGAAGUCCCUACGGUGACCUGCUGAUGCAGAGCAGUGCAGCAGCAGCCGCAGCAGCAGCAGCAGCAGCAGCAGCAGCUCAUCUACCAGAUUACAUCAGCCCUGUGGAUGUGUCACGUUUCUCCAGCCCACGGCUAACACCCCGACUGAGCAGGAAGAGGGCGCUGUCUAUUUCCCCACUGUCAGAUGCCAGCAUUGACCUGCAGACCAUGAUCCGCACCUCACCCAAUUCCCUGGUGGCCUACAUCAACAACUCCCGCUCCAGCUCAGCCGCCAGCAGCUCCUAUGGACACCUUUCAGUCGGAGGGAUCAGUCCUUCGUUCAGCUUCCCUCACCCCAUCAACCCUGUGGCAUACCAGCAGCUGUUGUCCCAGCAGAGGAGUCUCAAUGCCUUCGGCCACACACCUCCUCUCAUUCAACCAUCGCCAUCCUCUUUCUCUGCUCGCCAACACCCCCUCACGGCUUCACCUAUGUCCACCUCCCACAACAGCUCCAAUUCUGAGGCAAACCAGAAUGCCAGUGGAGACCCAGCAGUGAGUAGCACAGUCAACCCAUUGAACACCAAGAGGUCAAAGGUUAAGACAGAAGCAGAGGGUCCGCUGCCCAUCUCACCAUCCUCUCAGGACCAUGGUGGGGGGAUCUUGGACCUGAGUGAGGAUCUGGAUAAAGAUGAGUGCAAACAGGAGCCUGAGGCCAUAUAUGAGACCAACUGCCACUGGGAGGGCUGUACCAAGGAGUAUGACACCCAGGACCAACUUGUUCAUCACAUCAACAACGACCACAUCCAUGGUGAGAAGAAGGAGUUUGUGUGUCGCUGGCAGGAGUGUUCACGGGAGCAGAAGCCCUUCAAGGCUCAGUACAUGCUGGUGGUCCACAUGAGGCGUCACACAGGGGAGAAGCCGCAUAAAUGCACAUUUGAGGGCUGCGCGAAAGCUUAUUCUCGCCUGGAGAACCUCAAGACCCACCUCAGGUCCCACACCGGGGAGAAGCCGUAUGUGUGUGAACAUGAAGGCUGCAACAAGGCCUUCUCCAACGCCUCAGACCGGGCCAAGCACCAGAACCGCACACACUCUAAUGAGAAACCAUAUGUAUGUAAGAUCCCGGGCUGUACCAAGCGCUACACGGACCCCAGCUCUCUCAGGAAGCAUGUGAAGACAGUCCACGGACCUGAAGCACAUGUCACCAAGAAACAACGAAGCGACGCACCUCCUAGACUGCAGCCACCCAAAGGCAAUGGAGAGAAUGAGGCAAAUUCCAAGCUCACUGCAAGAGGUGUGGAUGGCAAGAUUGAGGCCAACAGCACCUCUAGAGGAGUGGAAGACUGUCUACAAGUCAAAUCAAUCAAGACCGAGAACUCUAUGACAUAUCAGUCCAGUCCUGGCGGCCACUCGUCAUGCAGCAGUGAGCCGUCGCCUCUCAGCAGCGCCAACAACAACGACAGUGGGGUAGAGAUGGCCAUGCACAGCGGGGGCAGCUUCGGGGACCUCACUGCACAGGAUGAUUGCCCCAUGGUUGACUCCACUGUUCCUGUUGGGGGACAGCAGGCUGGGGUGGGGCUUCAGUUGAGGAAAGCUGUGGGUCACGGUAGCACAGUCACCAUCAAGCUGGAGAACAUCAAGAAGGAAAGGCUGAAGACAGUAAGGGACUCCUGCCCCUGGGUCAACUCUGCACCACAGCCACCACAGGGCCAACGCAAUAGCAUGAAGCUGCCUCCCAUACCUGCAGUUGGUUCCCUGCUGGAAAGCUCCAACAUGAUGAGUAAUGUCAGCGGUUCAUUACCUGGCCAACGCAUGGGUGACCUGUCUUCAUGUGAGGUAACAUUGCUGAACCAGCUGAACGAGCGUCGUGACAGCACCACCAGCACCAUCAGCUCAGCCUACACCAUGAGUCGCCGUUCCUCUGGUAUUUCACCCUGCUAUUCCAGCCGCCGCUCCAGUGAGGCAUCACAGUUUGGUGCUAACCGCCACAACAUCAGUUCGGCUGACUCCUAUGACCCAAUUUCCACUGAUCUGUCUCGCCGCUCCAGCGAGGCUAGCCAUUGUGGAGGUGGUGGUGUCAGUGGAGGAAGCGGGGGAGGUCUCCCAAGCCUCCUUAGUCUGACACCAGCUCAGCAUUAUCGACUAAAGGCAAAGUAUGCUGCUGCCAUUGGCGGAGCCCCACCUACUCCUCUCCCCAAUAUGGACCGGAUGAGCCUGAGGACCCGCAUGGCACUCUACAGUGACUCCCAGGAAGGCUCGUCACACCCAUUUCAUCAGCCCCCCUCUGGAACUGCGCCUCGGCGAUGCAGUGAUAUUGGAUAUGGCAAUCGGAGCAUGAUGCCCCAUGAGGUACCCGGCAACCUCCCACGUCGUGCCAGUGAUCCAGUGCGUCGUCCCACACUGGACCCUGUCUCCUUUCCAAGGGUUCAGCGUUAUAACAGCAUGAACAGCAUGAACCCCAUGAAUGGUCCAUCAGCUGAACGCCACCAGGCACUGGCUAUGCAGGGCUACACUCGUUCCGAUGGCAGCCUGCAACGCUACCCAUUUGCUCCGAGACCACCAAGCAUUUCUGAGAAUGUAGCCAUGGAGAACAUGGCAGUAGAUGGGAUGAUGACUGGGGGGGAGCAUAAUGGGGAGGAUGACAUGGUGCUUCCAGAUGAUGUGGUGCAGUACCUUAGGUCCCAAAAUUCUGGCCCCUCAGGUCACAACUCGGGGCAAGUGGACUACCAUUCCAACAAUCAGACUCAGGGCUACCAGACAGACAUGGCCCCACCAGCAUCAUUUUAUGCGCAGAGGAGGAUGGCCAUGGUAGAUGCCACUCUGACUCAGUCUGGUCAGGACAUGCAAUCCUGUCAGAUGGGUCCCAGUGGCUCCCAGCAGCCCUUCUCAGUACCAUCAGACAAUAUGAACAAAAAUAACAUGCCGGUGCAGUGGAACGAGGUGAGCUCAGGGACUGUGGAUACAACUACCAAGCUCUCCAAACAACAACAGCAUUCUCUCAGGGGGAACCUAGCUGUUGUUCAGCAGAGGCAUAAUUUUGGUUCCUUCCAGGGACAAGGUCAGGGCCUGGGAAGCAACCAGCAGGUAGUGCCUAUGAGUCAGAAUAUGUCUAUGCAGGGGUAUGCGAACCACAAUAGCCAGAGGCUGAUGAACAUCUCCCACCAGCAGCAGAGGCAAUGCAACAGUGUGAACUUUAGUGAGCAAAUGAGUCCUCAGCAAGGGUUUGGCCAAGAGGCAAUCCCAAAUUGUAUAUCUGGGAGCACUAGCAUGAGACCUACCCGGAACAGUGUGUCAGAUCCAGAACUGCAAAGUUGCAGAGCAAGGAUACAGGCUGAUGGGUAUUCCCAUGUAAACCAAGUGAAUCAUCAGCAAAAUUACAGCGUUCUCUCCCAGCAGCAACAGCAUAAUAUCCAUAAUGGAGGCAGAGGAAUGUUACAACCCAGACCUCCCAUAGAGCCCAAGUCUUUUACCAGACAACACACUGGGCCUAGCAUGAUGCAACCAAGCCGAAUACCUAAGUCAUGUGAUUUGAUUGCCAGUCGUGGUAGUGACACCUCAGAGGCAAGCCCAAAGAGGCCCAGUGGGUCAGCAGCCCACAACAGCAACUCUGAAAAUCCUAACUCUGCUGUGCUCUACACAGGUCAGAUUCAUAUGAUUGAGCCAACUUCUGUCAGCUUUGAUGCCCCCAUGUCCCCCAGUGCCAGCCAGGCUCCUGCCAGCAACACCACAGCUGCAGCCAACAUGGCCUCUCCAGGAGUCAACCAUGUCUCCAGCAGUACAGUAGAUUCUUCCACUGGUGGAUCUGGUGGCACGGAGCAUGCUCAGAUUGACUUUGACACCAUGCUGGAUGAUGGGGACCACUCCAGCCUAAUGUCAGGCACCCUGAGUCCUGGCCUUUUGCAGAGCCUCUCUCAGAAUUCCUCACGUCUCACCACCCCUCGCAACUCUGUCACCCUCGCAUCUGUACCGGCAGGGAUUGGCAACAUGGCCAUUGGUGAUAUGAACUCAAUGCUCACAGCCUUAGCUGAAGAAAGCAAAUUCCUUAACAUGAUAAGCUGAGAGCAAUCAAACACCUCAUCAUCCAUCCAGUCUUAACCAUUUCUACAUCAGGAAUAUAUGGACUACACAAAGCACUGAUUGAACAAUGUAAAACUGGCUUUUUUUUCCUUUUUUUUUGUUUUGUUUU